GACCCUUUUCUUUGAACACUGUGCCGGAAAAGGGAGAAACCAGCAUCAUUAAACAGCACCCACCUCGAAGACCUCAGAGGCUUGAACCCGCCUGCCCUCUGCAAGCAAACUCUCCUGCAAAGCCCUGGAGUCAGCAAGAAGUGGCCGCAAGCCCAAAACCAAAGGCUCUGGAAAAGAAGGAGCAAAGCCUGAGACACCUCCCUGGCAGGCGGCAGCACUUGCACAAGCUGCAGAUGCUGGACUUGACCCGCAAGCGCCAAGAGGCAGAGCUGAAGCGAAAUCUCCACAGGGAGGCAAACAUCAACAAACAAAAAAUCAAGGAAUUCAGCCCGAAGAAAGUCCUUGACAGUCUCCAGAGAGGCAACAGCACUGAAAGCCGGGACCUAGCCCCUGCUGAGCACAAUCAGCGUUUUCAUGGAGAUGACCGUGGAAACACGUGGGGUGGUGGACUCUCCAGCCAGUGUGAUGGGGCUGAACUUUCUCCAGGAAGAAGCAGGAAGGUUGACCUGUGGUUCUUCAGGGAGCCGCGGAUGAGGGAUCUGUUCUGGGACACCUCCAGCACAGGGUCUGAGGAGUGGGAAAGGGAAGAGAAGAUUUAUCGCAAACCUACGCUUGUGAGAACCAAGACAGAGAGAGUUUCUCUCUUUGAUGACUUUUUUGAUAGGGAUUUCUAG